AUGGCUUAUAGGGUUCUUGAGCCCUUGGAUGACGCUCCUCGGAGGACCACAGAGGACGAACCCGAGGCUGUUGUAGGCGAGUGGUUGGGAAAGCCAAAUGAUGCACAGAAGUACCUCAACGGAAAAACCUUGCGACUCGACGCGUAUGUGGAUCCCAAGGACAAGGAGAGACGUCGCAAUCGCAAACCGCUUCCGAAAAGGUUCAAAUUGUCCAAAACUGAAUUGAAGAAGCGAGGAAUGCUCGAUAUUACAGAAGACAACUUGACUUUUCAUGAUGGUCUUGUUUUGAAUGCCUUGUGGAGGCAGUACAUUGGACAGAUACUGAAUAUCUCAGCGCCCCCUUCUGGACAUCAACAGACAUCAUCACCGAUUCCAUAUCUCUUGACACAGUGCAAUGUUCUAGCUGUCUCUGAUUUCCACGGUGCUCAUGUGAAAAUCAUUCAAGCGAAAAAUCCAUCAGUCGUCGGAAUGGAUGGAAUCGUGAUGCAAGAAACAGAACAAACAUUCAGAAUUGUUUGUCGAGACAAUCGCAUCAAAACUGUUCUCAAGAGUACUUGCAUUUUUCAUCUCUUUACGGGAACAGAUCGAAUCUUCAUUCUUCAUGGAAAACAUCUUUGCUAUAGAACAGCGUUACGAUCAAAGGUUAAAAUCAAAUCAAAGGACACAGUACAGCUUCAAUAG